GGGUUUAUAUCUCUCUCUGGGUUCGUGGGUGCUCUCUCUCUCUCUCUCACAAGCUAUUGCAAAUACGAUGAAAGAAACAGUGGUCUUGUACCCAUCUCCAGGCAUAGGUCAUCUCGUAUCGAUGGUGGAGCUCGGUAAGCGUCUUCUUCUUCUUCUCAAUGACACCUCCUUCUCCAUUACCAUCCUCAUCAGCCAUGCCCCUUAUAACACUGGUGCCACCAACCCUUACAUCCGUCGCGUUUCAUCAACCCAUCCCUCCAUCUCCUUCCACCACCUCCCUCCCGUCUCCAUCCCUCCUCUCCACUCCUUGUCUUCUCCCCACCAAGAAGCCCUUGCUUUCCGCUUCCUCCGUUUCAACAACACCCAUCUCCGUCAAGCCCUUCUCUCCAUUUCCCAAUCUUCCCCCAUCCGCGCUCUUAUCUUCGACUUCUUCUGCGCCGUUUCCCUCGAAGCCAUCCCUGACCUCCAUUUCCCUACCUACUUCUUCUUCACCUCCGGCGUUUCUGUCCUUGCUUUCUUUCUCCAUUUGCCCACAGUUCACCGCCUCACCUCUGCCAGCUUCAAAGACCUCAAAGACACCCCUCUACAUUUCCCGGGCCUUCCUCCCAUACCCGCUUCCGAGAUGCCCCUACCCAUGCUCGACCGAAGCGAUGAGGCAUAUGAUGGAUUUCUCUAUAUAGCCCAGAGCAUGACCAAGGUGAACGGGAUCAUAGUCAACUCAUUCGAGGAGCUCGAGCCACAGGCAAAGGAAGCGAUCUCCGCCGGUGCUUGUGUACCCGACGGCCCAACACCUCCCAUUUACUGCAUUGGACCGUUGAUUGCAUCGGACGGACAAGGAGAAGGAGAAGGAGAAGGAAGACGAAAUGGUGGUGGGGCUGAUGAGUGCUUGUGGUGGCUCGACUCGCAGCCGAGCCAGAGUGUUGUUUUCCUGUCUUUUGGGAGCAUGGGGCUCUUCUCGGAGGCGCAGCUGAUAGAAAUUGCGGUUGGGUUGGAGAAGAGCGGGGUUAGGUUCCUCUGGGUAGUGCGCAGUCCACCCUCGUCAGACAAGUCCAGGCGCUUUAUAGCACCUCCAGAUCCUGACUUGGAAUCUUUGUUGCCACGAGGUUUCAUGGAACGGACGAGAGAGAGGGGAAAGGUGGUGAAGUCGUGGGCACCGCAAGUGGCGAUCCUGAAACACGAAUCUGUAGGAGGGUUCGUGAGUCAUUGCGGGUGGAACUCGGUUCUGGAAUCGGUGUGUGGUGGUGUACCAAUGGUGGCAUGGCCUCUCUACGCUGAGCAGAGGAUGAAUAAGGUGUUUAUGGUUGAGGAAAUGAAGGUAGCCCUUCCAAUGGAUGAGGACGACAAUGGGUUUGUGAGUUCGGCGGAGGUGGAGAGACGUGUUAGAGAGUUGAUGGAAUUGGAACAAGGUAAGGUAGUUAGAGAGAGGACGCUGGCCAUGCAAGACGCGGCGCUUGCUGCUUUCAGAGACGGCGGGUCAUCGUACGCCACGCUCACUCACUUGGCUCAGUUAUGGAAUUAAAAUCCUUCAAACCAUUGAAAUAACAUGUAUUACGCUAUCUUUAUUUACCUGUCGUUAUAUAUUAUAUUAAAUAAAUAAAUAAUCAGUUGGACGUCUAACAAUUUUCAUUUUCACUAAUUUGGAUUAAUAAUAAUGAAUACAAGGGAGAGAGCAGUUAUUUGAU